AUGUCUCGUUUUGUUCGCUCUUCAAAAUUCAGACACGUUUUCGGUACGGGGUCAAAACAUGAAAAUUGCUUUGAUAAUGUUAAAGUUUCGUCAAACGCGUGGGAUACUAAUCUCGUGAAAAUUAAUCCUUCAUUUAUUUCCAUUAAUUGGAAUGCCGGGGGAGGCGGGGCUUUUGCCGUCAUUCCGCAUAAGAAUGUUGGUAAAAUUCAUGAUGGUAUACCGCUUUAUCGCGCGCAUACCGCACCUGUUUUAGAUACAGACUUUGCGAACUUUAACGAUUACGUUCUUGCAUCAUGUGGGGAAGAUUCUAAGGUAAUGAUUUGGGCAAUUCCAGAAGAACUCGGUGAACCAGAAUCUCCUGAUAUUGAGCCCGUAUCAAAAUUGAUUGGUCAUGGAAGAAAAGUUGGCCAUGUCCUAUUUCAUCCUGUGGCAGAUAAUGUUCUCGCAUCUUCAUCCGCAGAUCUUACCAUAAAAUUAUGGGAUAUUGAAAAAGGUGUAGAAAAACAAGAACUCAAAGGUUUCAUGGAUUUUGUACAAUCAAUGUCUUGGAAUUGGAAUGGUAGUUUAAUGGUUACUACAUGUCGUGAUAAGAAACUCAGGAUUUUUGAUGUUAGAUCUAAUAAAGUAGUUCAAGAAGCCGCAAGUCAUCAGGGUAUUAAAGGCUCUAGAGUAGUAUGGCUUGGUGAUACUGAAAGACUUGCGACAACAGGUUUUUCAAAGAUGAGUGAUCGUCAGGUGUAUCUUUGGGAUUCAACUCAAUUAAUGAAACCUAUUAAAACGAUGAUGUUGGAUACAUCAUCUGGAAUUGUUAUGCCAUUUUAUGACGAAGAUACAAAGAUAUUGUAUUUGGCAGGCAAGUACAAGUCAUCUGAACCUCAACGCGGAAUGGCAUUUAUGCCUAAACGUGGUGUAAAUGUUAAUGAAUGCGAAAUUGCCAAGGCUUAUAAAGUUACUAGUAAUUGUGUUGAACCGAUUUCAUUUGUAGUGCCACGAAGGUCUGAUGGUUUCCAACCUGAUUUAUUCCCUCCGGCGUUAAGUGAUGAACCUGCAUUAACAGCCGAUGAAUUUUUCGAAGGAAAAAAUGCAAAUCCAAAAACUAUUGAUUUAGAAAAUGGAUUUGUUGCAAAGGAGAAGAAAGAAUUUGUAUCUUCCGCGCCAAAGGAAGAAGAGAAAAGUCCUAAAAUCGAAAAAGAUGCAUAUCAUCAAAUGCGUCAAGAAAAUGAUGAACUGCUGAAGCAACUGGCACAACGUGACGUUACCAUUCGUGCAUUAACGGCUCAAUUAGAACAAUUGAAAUCAUCUUGA